CUUUAAAAAAAAAAUACACUAGAAAAAGAUUAAUAAUUAUUACUAAUUUACUACUAUUAAUUUUCCAUUUUUUUCUUUUGUUUUUCUCAGCCACCCCAAAUUUUUCGAACCAUAUGUACUGCUAGUCCCUGCGCGCGCCUCAUAUAUGAUUGCUUUAUUACAAAACCCAAAAGAUAAGGAAAAAAUUAGAGAAAAAAUGUACAACGGCCAAAAGGACGAGCGCAAGCCCGGCGGCGGUCCGCCGCUCGCGAGCCCGCGAAUCUCCUUCUCCAACGACUUCAUCGAGGCCGGAGCCUCUCACCACGGCCAGAUCAGGGGCGGCGCGUACAGGGACGCGCCGGUCUCCGACUUCGAGUUCUCCGUUGGCGGCUACUCCAUGAUGAGCGCCGACGAGCUCUUCUUCAAGGGGAGGCUGCUUCCGCUCAAGGAGAACUGCGCCGCCACCGGGAGGGCGGCGGCGGCGGCGACGACCCUGAGGGACGAGCUCGAGAACGGAGACGACGGUGACGGCCGCGGCGGCGGCGGCGAGGGGUUUUCGCUGAGGCCGCCGAAGAAUCCGGCGAGGUGGAGGGGAUUUUUGGGGCUCCGAAAGUCACACAACGGGUCGAAGAAGGCCGACAAGGGCGGCGAAAAUAAGACCGCCGGCUGUAAUAAUAACGUCAGCCACGACGAGGAUGACGAAUUCGUGGAUUGACUAAAUGGAGGGCUUUAAAGAUAUUAUUUAUUUGCCGUUUAGAGGGCUUGGCAAAUUUUGGCGGAGAAAAUUGGAAAUUGGGAUAGUUAUCUGGGUUUUGUUUCUAUUUGAGGUUGGGUGUUAUGAAUUUGUGUGGUAAGCUAAUUGUACGAGGGAGUGGAAAUUUUUAAUUUGCUCUCAUUUCUUUUUCUAUUUCGUUUGCUUUUCAGUUUUAUUGUAGUGUGUUUGAGUUUUCAUCCUCCAAUUCUGGUAUAAGUUAUUCGUUGAUUAAUUGUUGG